UUCUUCUUCCAGAACAUAUACUGCCAGUUUUCUGUGUAUUUCCAUAAAAAGACAAUUGUAGUCCAGUUUUGCUCAAAAUCCUCCAUAAAUAUUCUUUGAGCAGAUAAACACCACACAUGGAUCCUCCCAUAGUACAACAAACAUUUAAGGCAGCUCCUCUGACCACAGAGUUCCUGCUGCAGGGCAGUGUACUGGAGAGUUCUCUAGAGACUCUGCUGAACCGCCUUAAAGGUCUGUGUGACAAUGCGGACCUUCAGCAGGAGACAUUCCAGGAUCACGAGAUGGUCUUCCAUAUAAAGAACAAUUCAGUCCCUAACCCUCUUGUGUUUCGAGUCAGACAUUCCUUGGUUCAGACAGAUUGUUGGUCUCUGAGAUAUCUAGGUCAUGCUGAAGUCGGAGAUAAAAAUAGACCAACUCUGGUCAGGAACUACAUAGACUGUCCCACCUCAGACAAUGUGGUCCAAUUUAUUAAUGAACUAGGAUUCAGAAUUGACCAUGAAUUUGUUGUGAAGGGUUUUUAUUUCCAUAAAGGAAGAAUGAAGAUAACAGUGUCAAAGUUCUACAAGAUGAAUCAGCCAGGAACCACAACCAAUGACUCGAUCGAGUCCAUCUGUCCAUCCUAUCUCGUAGAACUCAGUGUCGUGACAUCAUCAGGCCAGGAGGGGGUCGGAGAAGACAUAAAAAAUUUCGCGGAGCAGCUUAAACCAUUAGUGAUGCUGGAAAAAACAGACCACAGGAAAAUUCAACUGGCUCAGAUUUAAAGAAGGAAUAGAAAAAACAUACUCAGCAAGACUUAAUGAGUGAAGAAAAAUGCCACAUAAUCUCCAGUCAGAAAGUAAACAAAAACAAAAGUUUGUGUGAAGCAUUCAGAAAUGGUGCAAGUGAGAGACAGCAAAUUGAUCCUGUAAAUAUUUUGUGUGGGUUACUUAUGUUCAAGAUGUAAAUGUGUCAGUAUUUGAUAGAGGACAAAAAAUGACAGAUAUUACAAGAGUAAGCAACUUGUAUGAAGAACUUGGGUGUACAUUAAGGUGAAAAUGCCCCAUGGCCAUGCGGUUCCAUUUUAUGUGCAAUUCUGACUGUAAUUAAAAGUCUAGGAGAACGAAUUUUUGGAAGGUAUAAUCUUGCCUUGAAGGGGAGGUUUAUAUCAUUUUCUUAAUAUUAGUGACAUUACGUUAACACAUGUACAUGUAUAUGUAUCAUAUAUGCAGAAACAUUUCUCAUUCUGGAAUUUACAGCUAUUAAGGAUGCCUUAUACAUUUUGUAGCUGUAUAUUUAAGAAAAACAUGUAUAUGUUAAUAUAUGUAUUU